CCGGGAUGGGAAUAUCGCGAGAUGAUGUGGAGGAAGCGGUGACCACGUGUGUUUGUGUAACAUGGUCAGGACUUGCUUUCAGUGCCCUUUAAUGCAAUGACAGAGCUGCGUCCAUGGCGGGACAUCUGAAGAAACAGUUAAAAGAUGCAUUUAAGGUCAUCAGCUCAGGUAGCCUUCUGUUCGCUUCCUACCUCACUGCGGUUGGAGAUGAGCGUUUCUAUGCCAACCAGCUGAUGCCCCUGCUGCAGAGGAUUGUUGGGGCAGAGACGGCACAUGUUUUGGCAGUAAAGAUAAUUGGUGUGGGAUUGGUUCCUCUGAACCGCUACCAGGACCCUGCAUCAUUGGAAGUGAACGUCCUGGGAUUAAAAUUCAAAAACCCGAUUGGGAUUGCGGCGGGCUUCGACAAGCACGGAGAGGCUGUAGACGGCUUGUACAAGAUAGGUUUUGGCUUUGUUGAAGUGGGCACCAUCACUCCCAAACCACAGGAGGGGAACCCCAAACCACGCGUGUUUCGACUCCCGACAGAUCAGGCAGUUAUUAACAGAUAUGGAUUCAACAGCUGUGGUUUGGCGGAAGCACAACAGAGGCUGGAAGCCAGGGGAGGCACACAGCAGCAGCACAGUAAAGCUGGCCUUCCCCUGGGCAUCAACCUGGGGAAGAACAAGCUGUCCCAGGAUGCAGGGGCAGAUUAUUCAGAGGGAGUGAGGGCACUUGGCCCGCUGGCUGACUACCUGGUGGUCAACGUCAGCAGUCCUAAUACGCCGGGUCUCCGGAAUCUACAGGGAAAAGCUGAGCUCCACAAGCUCCUACAAAGGGUGUUGAAGGAGCGUGAUGCCCUGCAGGGACAAUACAAACCUCCAGUCCUGGUGAAGAUUGCUCCUGACCUCACUACGCAGGACAAACGAGACAUUGCUGAUGUUGUCACAGAGCUGGGAGUGGAUGGUUUAAUGGUGUCUAACACCACGGUGUCUAGACCAGACACACUUCAGGAUCCGCACAAAUCUGAAGUCGGUGGGCUAAGUGGCCAGCCUCUCAAAGACCUCUCUACCAACACCGUGAGAGAGAUGUACAACCUCACCAAAGGUAAAGUACCAAUUGUUGGGAUCGGUGGUGUGGCCAGUGGGCAGGAUGCUAUGGAUAAGAUCCGUGCUGGUGCAUCACUGGUUCAGCUUUACACAGCUUUGACCUACCAGGGUCCACCGGUGGUGACGAAGAUAAAGAGAGAAUUAGAACAACUUCUUAAAGAACAGGGUUUCAACAGUGUAUCGGAGGCAGUCGGAGCAGAUCACAGAGGAGCAGCCUGCUGAAAGAGAUGGUAAACAUCCACACAGAUGCAUCAACUAUAGUUGCCUCUUCCAACUAGGCAACGCGAUCCUCAACUUUUCCUGAACUUUGACAGAUGGAUAGUAUUGUUUGUUUGUCUGUCCAUCUUGAUUUUCAACUCAAAUCUAAAGUCUGAACAGACGCUUAUCCUUUGUUACAGUGUAACAGCAGUAAGUGAAUCUCGAGUGCAUACUGACACCAAAGUGCUCAAACAGAAACCUUUUUUUUUUUUUUUAAUACAAACAUCUGACAUGAAUCUUAUGUGAUAAAUAUCAAAUGUGUUUGUUAUUCUGUGUCUUAGGAAGUGUCUUAUGCAUAAGUUUAAAUGUAGACAUUGUAUUAAUCACUGCACAUCUCACAAUAGAAGAACAAUAUAAUCCAGUCAAUCACAAUAACGGCACAAAUGUUAUUUGGGUUUUGGAUCAGCGUAUUUAUUUUUGGCCUUGGUGCUAUGAGAGAGGACCUGUAAGUCAGGCAACUGUUUGUGAGCUCUCAGUUUCAGGGUACUGUAAGUACAAUCCCUGGCAAAUGAGAUACACUAGAUCACCCAAAUAAAUGUAUGAUAUAUAUCUAUUCUAUUUAGAGAAACUCUAAAGAAUGGAAAAUUUCUACUAAACGAGGGCUGCAGAGCUCUUUGAUCCAAAACAGGGCUGCUUGUUGUGCUUCGGUGUACCAUGAUAGAUAUAUGCAGUCUACAUUUGUCAUAUUACUGUUAUUACAUAUUAUAAUUUCUUUUGUUAAACUUCAGUUUUACUGCCAUGUAAAGCUAACGUUGUAAAAAUGUAAUGGUGCCACUGAUGCAGCGUUCUGAAUGAAAGAAACGAGUGGAAUCAAACCGUUAAUGAUUGAUAACAGAAAAAAUAAAUUAUAGUGCUUUUUUUGAGAA